ACGCACCCGAGUGCAGGUAAAUAGAGCUGAACAGUCUGAACACUGGCGUUCCUGAUUCCAUGCCUUGAGGUAGACUUUGGACAACAGGAUGGAGACGGAGAGUGAGAGCAGCACUUCAGGGGAUGACAGUGUCUUUUGGCUGGAUUCUGAAGUUGUCACCCAGGUGACUGACAGUGAAGGGGGAGGAAGGGAAGAAACUUGGAGGAAGAUGAAGUCCUCGGUACAUUCUGAAGAGGAUGAUUUUGUUCCAGAACUACACAGAAACGUCCACCCCCGAGAGCGGCCCGAUUGGGAGGAAACACUGAGCGCAAUGGCAAGAGGAGCAGAUGUGCCUGAGAUUCCUGGAGACCUUAGCCUUAAGACAUGUGGCAGUACAGCUAGUAUGAAGGUUAAACACGUGAAAAAACCCACCAACCCAGGACUGAUGGGCUGCGACAACAUGCACAGGUUGCCCUUCACCAAAGGCCACUUUCCGAAGAUGGCCGAAUGCGCACACUUCCACUAUGAGAACGUUGAGUUUGGCAGCAUACAGCUCUCCCUUUCAGAAGAGCAGAACGAUGUAACGAAAAACGGCUGUGAAUCGAAAGAGCUGGUCUACCUCGUGCACAUCGCUUGUCAGGGCAAAAGUUGGAUUGUUAAAAGAAGUUACGAAGAUUUUCGAGUACUUGACAAGCAUCUUCAUCUCUGUAUUUAUGACCGAAGGUUCUCCCAGCUCUCAGAGCUUCCCCGUUCCGAUGCCCUGAAGGACAGUCCAGAGUCCGUCACUCAGAUGCUUAUGGCUUACCUGUCCCGCCUUUCAGCUAUCGCUGGCAACAAGAUCAACUGUGGACCUGCCCUUACUUGGAUGGAGAUUGAUAACAAGGGCAAUCACCUUCUAGUCCACGAAGAAUCAUCCAUCAACACGCCUGCUGUCGGUGCAGCCCAUGUGAUCAAGAGGUACACUGCUCGGGCCCCUGAUGAACUGACCUUAGAGGUGGGCGACAUUGUUUCUGUGAUCGACAUGCCCCCGAAAGUGUUGAGCACGUGGUGGAGAGGCAAGCACGGAUUCCAGGUGGGACUCUUCCCUGGACACUGUGUGGAGUUAAUUAAUCAGAAAGUCCCCCAGUCAGUGACCAACUCAGUGCCAAAACCAGUGUCUAAGAAGCACGGCAAGCUCAUCACUUUCUUACGCACAUUCAUGAAGUCUCGACCAACAAAACAGAAGCUGAAGCAGCGAGGGAUCUUGAAAGAGAGGGUGUUUGGUUGUGACCUGGGGGAGCACCUUCUCAAUUCUGGUUUUGAAGUCCCCCAGGUUCUUCAGAGCUGUACGGCAUUCAUCGAGAGAUAUGGCAUUGUGGACGGAAUAUAUCGCCUCUCUGGCGUUGCCUCCAAUAUCCAGAGGCUACGCCAUGAAUUUGACUCUGAACAUGUCCCCGACUUGACAAAAGAACCCUAUGUUCAGGACAUCCAUUCCGUGGGCUCCCUCUGCAAGCUGUAUUUCCGAGAGCUCCCAAACCCUCUGCUCACCUACCAGCUGUAUGAGAAAUUUUCAGAUGCUGUCUCAGCAGCGACAGAUGAAGAAAGGCUGAUCAAGAUUCAUGACGUCAUCCAGCAGCUGCCCCCGCCACACUACAGGACACUGGAGUUCCUCAUGAGACACUUGUCACUUCUCGCUGACUAUUGUUCCAUCACAAAUAUGCAUGCAAAAAACCUAGCAAUUGUUUGGGCUCCAAACCUGCUCAGAUCGAAACAGAUCGAGUCCGCCUGCUUCAGCGGCACAGCGGCCUUCAUGGAAGUGAGGAUUCAGUCUGUGGUCGUCGAGUUCAUCCUCAACCAUGUGGACGUCCUCUUCAGUGGGAAAAUCAGCGAGGUCAUUCAGGAGGGGGCAGCUUCUCUAUCCAGGCCCAAGUCCCUGCUCAUUUCCUCUCCGUCCACCAAGCUGCUGACAUUGGAGGAAGCCCAGGCAAGAACCCAAGCUCAGAUCAAUUCUCCGCUGGUGACUGAAAACAAAUACAUCGAAGUAGGAGAAGGACCUGCCGCGCUACAGGGGAAGUUUCACACCAUCAUCGAUUUCCCGCUGGAAAGGAGGAGGCCUCAGAACAAAAUGAAAAAGUCCCCUGUGGGCAGCUGGCGCUCCUUUUUCAACUUGGGGAAAUCGUCGUCUGUUUCCAAGCGGAAGCUGCAGCGCAAUGAGAGUGAGCCCUCGGAGAUGAAGGCCAUGGCUCUGAAAGGUGGCCGGGCAGAGGGAACCCUCCGAUCAGCUAAGAGUGAAGAGUCUCUUACUUCUCUCCAUGCAGUCGAUGGUGACUCCAAGCUGUUCCGGCCCAGGAGACCACGAUCCAGCAGCGACGCCCUGAGCGCCUCUUUCAACGGAGAAAUGCUGGGGAACCGCUGCAAUUCCUACGACAACCUGCCCCACGACAACGAGAGCGAGGAGGACAUGGGGCUGCUCCACAUCCCAGCCCUGGUGUCCCCCCCUUCGGCCGAGGAUGUGGACCUGAGCCCGCCGGACAUGGGCGUGGCCGGCCUGGAUUUCGACCCCAUGUCGUUUCAGUGCAGCCCCCCGAAGGCCGAGGCCGAGGGCCCGGAGGGCGGCGCUGCCUUCUUAGACUCCCCCACGGGAUACCCCAAGGAUAAGCCAAGUGCAAAUAAAAGGGACUCGGAAGCCGGCGGUAGCCGGGCCCAGACCCCGGGCAGCACUGCCAGUUCUGAGCCCAUGUCUCCUCUGCGGGAGACCCCGAGCCCCUUCUUCACCCUGGACUUGAGCCCGAGCGAGGAGAAGUCCGCCAAGCCGUCCUCCUUCACGGAGAAGGUUGUCUACGCGUUCUCGCCAAAAAUCGGACGGAAAUUAGGCAAAUCACCUUCUCUGAACAUAUCUGAGCCCAUUUCAGUGACCCUCCCCCCCCGGGUGUCUGAAGUCAUCAGUGCGGCCUCCGCCACGGCCUCCACCACGGCAGCCCAGACCCGAUCUCCUCCCGCCUGGCACACGGGUGUGGACGAAAGUGCCGUCGGAACUAGAUCCCCUCCCCAGGUAGGAAAGAUGAAGGCAAAUGAGAGGGAGUCCCUGGAAGGAUGUGAGCCUGGAGUCCAGCCCCCAGGCCUGGCGGUGGCGGUGGCGGUGGCAGCGGCCGCAGAGGUAGAGGCGCCGGGACAGGAGAAGGAGGAGCCGUGCGUGUCCGACGGUCAGAGUAAGGCUGUACCUUCUGGACAGGCUCAGACAGGAGCAGUUACCCAUGACCCCCCUCAGGAGGCCAUGCCUGUCAGUUCAGUGUCUCUUAUCCCACCGCCACCGCCUCCGAAAAACGUCGCCCGCCUGUUGGCGCUGGCGUUAGCCGAGUCCGCACAGCAAGCCUCGACGCAGUCGCUGAAGAGACCAGGCGCUUGCCAGUCCGCUCCGGUGAACUAUGGAGACGCGGCUGUGGCUGCAGCCGAAGAGCAGCUGCCUGUUUACCACCCUCACAUGACUCUGGACAAAGCCUGUGUCCCAGCCGAUGGGCCCGCAGAACACUUCCUCCUCCCGAACCAGGCAUCCGGGAGCAACCACCAGCUCCUGCCCGACCCGGCCACCGCCGGGCACCAAGCCCACGCCAGCGUCCCCGAGNCUGGGCAGCAGCCCCGCCAGGCCGACUUCCAGCCCCAUCGAGCCUGUGCACCUGGGGACCCAGAACAGGCCAGACCCACUGCAGGUCCCUUAACAGGCUCACAGUCUGACGAGCACAUCAGUUUCCGGGAAGACCAGCCCGGGAAGACCACCGGGCCGACCGUCUCCUUCGCGGAUCAGGACCAGACUCAAGUUCACUUCUACAGCGGAGAUCAGCCGCCGUCUUAUCUCGGUGCAAGUGUGGAUCAGCCCCAUCAGCCCUCACAACUCACUGACAAAUCUCCCACACCCUCUAGAGACAAACCCUGCCCUCCUCCUGGGUCCCCCGAGGAGCCUGUCAGCACAGCCGGCCUGGCUUAUGUGGCAGCGGCGGUGGCAGCGGCUGACACAGGCGCCUGGGAAGCCUGCUGGGACCCGGCGGAGCAGCCCACCUCGAUGGAUUUUGCCGCCGCCACCCUCCAGCGUCCGCACAGAACCCACCGGCCCCUUCCCCCACCUCCUUCCCAGAGACCAGCAGAGCCGUCACCAGCUGUGGGGCAGGUGCCAGCAACGGCCUGCGCAGGGUUAAAUAAUUCCCACAAGGUCCCAGGAGUAGUGCCCACUCCGGAGAGGCCGCCGGAACCCAGGGCCGCAGACGACCCUCCUCCCGGCCUUAGUAAAGUCGCGGCCGCCAUCCACUGUGGUGGUGUGGAGGCGGCCAGCGGCGCCAGUUACCAUCCCUUCGCCUCGGCCGCCGGGGAUGAUGUCUUGCCUUUGCCACUUCCCGUCCCGCAGCCGAAGCACGCGCCUCAGAAAGCCACUUACGCCACCUUCACGAGGCCCGACGUCACCCCUGAGCCCUUCGGUCCGGAAAACUGUGUGCAUUUCAAUAUGACUCCAAACUGCCAGUACCGUGCCCAGAGCGUGCCGCCCCAUCACAGCGGCCUGGAGCCGCACCACGCCUACGGGGCCCGGUCCGAGCCGCCAGCCUCCGUGGGUCCCCGUUACAACACCUACGUGGCCCCCGGGAGAAGUGCGUCCGGACACCACUCCAAGCCGUGCAGCCGGGUCGAGUACGUGUCUUCUCUGAGCUCAUCUGUUCGGGGUGGUUGCUACCCAGAAGACCCGUACCCCACCAUCCGGAGGGUGCAGUCUCUCCACACGCCCCCGGCUGCCAUGAUCCGCUCCGUCCCCAUCUCCCGGACGGAGGUUCCCCCCGACGACGAGCCCGCCUACUGCCCGAGGCCCCUGUACCAGUACAAGCCAUACCCGGCCUCCCAGGCCCGCUCGGACUACCACGUCACGCAGCUGCAGCCUUACUUUGAGAAUGGCCGGGUGCACUACCGUUACAGCCCCUACUCCAGCUCCUCCGGCUCCUACUACAGCCCCGACGGCGCCCUGUGCGACGUGGACGCCUACGGCACUGUGCAGCUGCGGCCCCUGCACCGCCUGCCCAGCCGCGACUUUGCCUUCCACAACCCUCGGCUGCAGGGGAAGAGCCUGUAUGGGUACGCCGGGCUGCCGCCCCGGCCCCGGGCCACCGUGACCGGCUAUUUCUCCGGUAAUGACCACGGUGUCGUCGGCAUGCCCCCGGCCGCCGACGGGAAGCACACUUACACCUCGUGGGACUUUGAGGACAUGGAGAAGUACCGCAUGCAGUCCAUCCGCAGGGAGAGCCGGGCCCGGCAGAAGGUGAAGGGGCCCGUCAUGUCCCAGUACGACAACAUGAGCCCGGCCCUGCAGGACGAGCUGGGUGGGCUCUAUGUCAUCCACCUGCGCAGCAAAUCCGAUCCUGGGAAAACUGGACUUCUCUCCGUGGCCGAGGGGAAGGAGGCCCGGCCCCCGGGGAAGGCCCUCAGCCCCGAGGGCGGCGACCCCUUCUACAGGAAGCACCCGGAGGCCGAGCUGGACAGGGCCCAUUACCACGGAGGGCACGGUGGGCACGGCAACGGGCAGCCAGAGAAACCGUCCCUCCCGCAGAAGCAGAGCAGCCUCAGGAACCGCAAGCUCCACGACCCGGGCUGCGGCCUCCCGGAGCACAGGGCACACCAGGAAGCAAGCCAUAGGCACCUGUGCGAGCCGAAGAGCGGGCCCCCUCACCCCCAGGGGGCCGGCCACUUAGAUUAUGGGGCCAAAGGGAGUCCGGACGCCUGUGAGCCCGCCAGCUACCAUAACUCUGGAGGGAAGUACAUGACCAUGGGCCCCGAGUCUUUGCGACUGAACCACAAAGAGGCGAGGCUCUGCAAAGAGCUGGAGAGGCCUCGGGCCAGGCAGCCCCCCGCCCCAGACAAACACCCCCGAGACUGCUACCCGGAGGAGGAGCCGCUCGGCCAGGCCUCGGUCCCACCCCCGAAGCCGGAGCGGAGUCACAGCCUGAAGCUCCAUCACACCCAGAGCGGGGAGCUGUGCCAGUACCCAGCGCACGGCCGGCGCCAGGGCAGCCUGGCCACCGUGUCCCAGUACGACAACCUGGAGGGCUACCACUCCCCACCCCAGCUCCAGCGAGGAGGCUUCGUGGGAGGAGCCAUGGGGGCCUACCUGCCCCCUGGCUUCGCCCACCCGCAGAGCAGGACCUACGCCACCGCGCUGGGGCAGGGCGCCUUCCUGCCCGCGGAGCUGUCCCUGCAGCACCCCGAAACCCAGGUCCACGCGGAAUGAGCCCCGAGAGCAAUAGAGUUGAAGCAGCCUCUGCUGGACAGUGGACUGUUCUAUUUUUUUCAGUAACCAAAAAGAUUUAAAAAAAAAGGAAAAGAAAAAAGCUACAACCCCCCCCGACCACAUUCAAAAACAAAACAUAGUCAGAAAAAUCAAUCGCCACCCUUCUCCCCUUCCUGUUCCAUUUUCCGCCUCUAAGGACUCGCUUUGUCACUAGACGAGAUCUGAGUGGUUGUAAAGCACGGUGGUGACCACCUCGGAGAGAGCCUGUCGCCACCUCACGCGCAUCCCUACGAGCCUGAGGACUGCCUGGACCUGAGUUUGAAAGUGGCUUUGUCCUUCCUGGUGUCGGCCGUAUAUUUCAGAGCAGUUGCCAUCCAUUUCCUUUUGCAUUCCUCCCCAGGGCCCGUGUCGCUGGCUCAGGCUGGCACCCAGGUGUCAUGUCAUUCUCCCCGUCUCGUGUUAAAUUCCAACAGA